AUGGGUGUCAUAGAUGAGCUAAAAUCUGACGACUGGAAUUCCCUGGUUCCUAUGACGGAGCUUAAGCCAGGAAGCACUGCUUCCAGCCACAACUACUUCCUGGUCAACUCCCAGCAGAGGUGGACUCACGUGAGACUCAACAUCUUCCCAGAUGGGGGGAUUGCACGCCUUAGAGUAUAUGGUACUGGACAGAAGGACUGGACUGCAACCGAUCCCAAAGAUCCGGUAGACCUGGUGGCCAUUGCCUUUGAGGGUGUCUGUGUAGGAUUCAGCAAUGCACAUUUUGGGCACCCAAACAAUAUGAUAGGAGUUGGUGGGCCCAAGUCCAUGGCAGAUGGCUGGGAGACUGCGAGACGGCUGGACAGGCCCCCGGUGUUAGAAAAUGACAAGAAUGGCCUUCUCCAGGUUCAGGGUUGUGAGUGGGCAGUUUUCCGGCUGGCACAUCCUGGAGUGAUAACUCAAAUUGAAAUCGACACCAAGUAUUUUAAAGGCAAUUCUCCCGACAGCUGCAAAGUGGACGGGUGCAUCCUGACCACCCAGGAAGAAGAAGACAUGGUCAAGAAAAAGUGGAUUCUUCCAGCCCAUAAAUGGAAGCCCCUUCUCCCCAUCACCAAGUUGUCCCCCAACCAAAACCACCUGUUCGACAGCCUGACCCUGGAGCUCCAAGACGUCAUCACUCACGCUAGGUUCACCAUCUUCCCGGAUGGAGGCGUGAGCCGCCUUCGACUCAAGGGCUUCCCCAGCUCCAUCUGCCUGCUGUGGCCGGGGGAUCCCAGGAUGAGGUUCUCAGUUAAAACGGGUUUUAAGGCAAACCUUUAACCAUGUGCAAAACACUCAUUUCUACACAGCAAUAACUGCCCACCUGAGGUCUUUCCGAGGUUGUCAACACUUGGUGGCUGAAUAAAGAGGUCACCGCACCAAGUAGCCUCUGUGUUUCCUGUUGCCAUGAACCGUUUGGUAGCUUAAUUAUUGAUGUGGCUGUGAAUAUAGGUGGCCUCUUGAGGAAUUGCUUUUUUUUUUUAAACCCCACAAGAUAUUGACAUUUAUAACAUGACUGUGUACCUUCUGGGUGUAUAUCCAGCAGUGGAUGUGUAGCCUACUGUCUUAGAGAAUUUAAACCCACCAUGACCACUGGGAACAAGUAUUUCUGGAAUUACUCAUGGUUGCAGCUCAAAGGACUGACCACUCUUCACCAGAACACGGAGGGCCUUCCACUCCCACCCCCACCAGAGUGCAGGCAUUCUGAACGUCACAUUUCUGGGUACCAGGCACCAGCCGCGACGUCACCCAGUUCCUCACGUGCUGCGCAGGUUCCAGACCACUUGCCUACUCCGUGCCAGGGGCCUAGGAGCUUUUUAGGCUGUAAAUCUCUUAAAGAAACUGAGGCUCAGAAGGGGGAGGCGUUCCAGCAACGUCCUCUUCUGAUUGUCCCGAUGGUCCGGAUGCUACCCGCCUUGGCCCUUGAGGGCCGC